UGAUUCGGUCGCCAUCUUUGUCGCGAACAUAAACAACACCAGGGAGUCGCAGGUCUGGCGUUUGGAUGAACCGCCGCCGCUCGCCGGAAAACCACGACGGUCUCCCCGCCGCAGCGCCGCUCGCUUCCCCCGGAGAUGACGGUUGACCCGGUGACCUGAGCCGCCGUGUCACAGUCGAGAUGGGGCUCCUCUGCGGGUUUCCUCACCGGCAGGGAGCGGAGGUUUAAAGGGGCUCGGGGAGGGCAGCAGAGGGGCCUUGCUGCUCGUCAGAGAUGGACCAAGAGUACGAGAGACGGCUGCUGAGGCAAAUCAACCACCAGAACCUGCCCACGGAGAGCCGCCUGACCAAGUGCUUAAGUGCGACCUGCAGCCCUGUCAGUGUUAAGUCGGGGGACCGCUUCAUUCCCACCCGAGCUGGAAGCAACUGGAGCAUCAACUUCCACUACGCCAACGAGAACUGUCGCUCUCCCAGUCAGAACCAUAAAGCGAAGGACGCCAGCUCAGACUCAAGCAAAGAUGCUGUGGCGUACGCGGCCCUGCUGAGGAACGAGUUGCUCGGGGCCGGGAUAGAAACUGUGCCGGACCCCCACACAGACGACCGGCGGCAUGCAGUCCUCUCUCAAGACUCUCACAGCCUUUUUAGGUACACUGUCCACACUAAGAGAGUGCCUUUCGAUAGCGAUAAUGAAGUCUCACCGUACUCCCUUUCUCCGCUUAGUAACAAGAGUCACAAGCUGCUCCGCUCCCCUCGCAAACCAGCGCGAAAGAUCUCCAAGAUCCCCUUCAAAGUGCUGGACGCUCCGGAGCUGCAGGACGACUUCUACCUCAACCUGGUAGACUGGUCAGCGGGCAACCUGCUCAGCGUGGGCCUGGGAGCCUGCGUCUACCUGUGGAGUGCCUGCACCAGCCAGGUGACAAGGUUAUGUGACCUUUCAGUGGAUGGAGACUCUGUUACAUCAGUUUGUUGGAAUGAAAGGGGGAGUCUGGUCGCCGUUGGAACACACAAGGGUUACGUCCAGAUCUGGGACGCAGCAGGAGGGAGGAAGCUGACCAGUCUGGAGGGCCACUCAGCCCGAGUAGGUGCCCUGGCGUGGAAUGGGGAGCAGCUGUCGUCUGGAAGCCGGGACAGAGUGAUCCUGCAGCGGGAUGUCAGAACGCCACCCUCUGCUGAGAGGAGGCUGCAAGGUCACAGGCAGGAAGUGUGUGGUCUCAAAUGGUCUCCUGACCACCAGCACCUCGCGUCUGGAGGCAACGACAACAAGUUGUUGGUGUGGAACAGCUCCAGCCUCCUCCCCGUGCAGCAGUACAGUGACCACCUGGCGGCGGUGAAGGCCAUCGCCUGGUCUCCCCACCAACACGGGCUGCUGGCGUCGGGCGGCGGCACCGCCGACCGCUGCCUGCGUUUCUGGAACACGCUGACGGGUCAGGCGCUGCAGAGCACAGACACCGGCUCCCAAGUCUGCAACCUGGCCUGGUCCAAACACGCCAACGAACUGGUGAGCACCCACGGUUACUCUCAGAACCAGAUCCUGGUGUGGAAGUACCCGUCACUCACGCAGGUGGCCAAGUUGACAGGACACUCCUACAGAGUCUUAUAUCUGGCGGUGUCACCAGAUGGAGAGGCCAUCGUCACGGGAGCUGGGGACGAGACACUACGUUUCUGGAACGUCUUCAGUAAGACACGCUGCACAAAGGAGUCAAAGUCAGUGCUGAACCUCUUCACAAGAAUACGAUAGUAAACAGCCUGAGACAGGACUGCUUUUUGAGAAGAGCCUCCCGGGCUGCAGUUGAAAUGCACAGUGUCACGAACACAACGACAACAACGACAGCAGCAGCACUCACGGACUAGCCUGUAGACCCCCUCUCCUCUCGGCAUCAACUGUCAGCGCACCAACCUCCACUGCGACACUUUUUUUCUACGAAGGAUGCAGCCCGAACUUCCAACGACAACUGCCAUCCCUCAAAGUGAUGUCACUGAGUUUCAAAAAGAAAAAAAAGAAACUAAACUAAACAAGAGGUCUGAGGGUUGUACUAUGAAGCAGGAUCAAGGUGUUAGCAAGGUAUGAGGAGCCUGAAGAGUUGUCACGAAGGGUGCUCUCGUUUAACCUGCUACAUCGCCAUGGUAACUGAUGCUGCAACCUGCUCCAGAGGAGAUAGCGUUGACAGAUUGGGAUCGGCUCUAAGAAGCGUCACCCUUUCUCCAGUUCUUUUCCUGACGGUGUGAUGUAGAUUCUCAGCUGAGGAUUACUUUACAUGACAAACCUCUUGAGCUGGUGAUCUCACAACAUUUGAUUUACAGCCCAUGCUGCAGCUAAUAGAGUGCAGACUGGAAAAAAUAAUCAUUUUAAUGGCAUUUAUCGCUCAAAAUAUUCAAUCAAUACCUUUAAGUUACUGAGAUUUGGUGAAAAACUGAAGCGUAUCCUUCAUUAUGGGACAGUUUCAGACCGACACGCACUUCGUGAGCGUUAUGUCUCCAGUGUAGAAAUAAGCAGCUGCAUUGAGGAUGUGAUUGGUAAAAUAUAUAUAUAUAUGCUGACAUACACAGUUAUCAGUUUUCUGCCAUCUUACAUCAUUUGCAAUCAGUGUGUUUUUUCCUAUAAUGCAUUUUAUAGUCAUCAUAACACCCUGCUCCUCUUGAAUGAAGCAGGUUUCGCACUAUCGGUUCUUUUUGUGGAAGAAGAUUCAUGUGUCACAUCAAAGUCUGAAAAAGAAAAACGUUGAUAACUAUCUCAGACUGGAGUUCUAGGUUUUGUUGAGCCAGCUAACACUAAGAAAGCCUGGAUUUGUUGAUCUUGCUUCGUAGUACACCCCUCCGUUGUCUUGACAGAUUUUGUCUGCUUCAAAAAAAAAAAAAAAAAAAGUCGGUCUUGUUCUCUUUUCUGUUGUGGAAGUGAUUUUAUUAUAUAUUAGCAGAAAUAUACAUGUACAAGAGUUCUAAGCUAUAUAACGUAACGACGGGACAUUUUUAAAAAGGCUCUCCUUUGUAACAGAGAGAAGAUGAAGCCUGGCUGGCGUACGGGGGGGUUUCUAUAUUUUGAUAAUGUGUGAAUAUGAUCUACAGCAGUAUGCAACGGAAGAGAAACAAUAAAUAAAUGAACAAACACACA